UUACAAAGAGGAACAUAUGAAGACAGACACAUAAACAUUUGUUAGGAAACUCAUCACACAUUUUUGGAACCUGUGCUUUUAUAACCACGGAGGAAUGCCUGUGGACGUGGAGAAGAUUAUUCAGUUUAUCAAACAAGGCGACCAGGACAAUGUUCAGCUACACCUGGAUGAUUACAACACUGAGUACUCAGAAUGCUUCUUUUUUGAUGUGGAAGAAAAAGAGAGAAAAAAGCAAAGAGAGCUGGAAGAGUUUCGCAGGAAUAAAGUGAGACAGUAUGUUCCAGACUCUGAUUCAGAUUUGGACUCUGAUGAGAAUGAGGAUCAAGAUCUUGUUCUGCGGAGGAGGCUUGCUGCAGCUCUGAUCUGGUUCAUUCGCAUGCGGCUGCAGCCAGGCGUUUUGAGAGUGUGUCUGCGAACUCUGCGAAUUAUCUCGCGUGAUCGAAAGGCCUUGGCUCCCCUGAUCACAGACUACGCCAUUCUAACUCUUGCUCGACUCGGGGGCAUCUCCGCCCUGCCUACCUGGCCUGAAGAAGAGGAGGCUGAGUGGGGCUCCUCCCACAGUGACAUCACUCCCGAGAACGAGACAGAGACACAUCUGGAUAAUAACGGCAGCAAUGCACAACACCUGACAUCUUUCAGGGAGGGAGAUGAUUCGGUCGGUGUCUUUGCAGCCUGUGCUGAGUCUUUGGUCUGUGAAGGUGUGCAGAGCAACCCUGUGAAUGUAGCAUCUAACUGUAAUGUUGGGAGAGACACACAAAACGACCGUCAUGAGGAAAAAGAAAGGAAAGAUGGGGUCUGUGGGCUGUUGACAAGAGGAAAGAGAGAUGCUAGAGGAGAGAAGGAUGAAGAGGAGGGGCAUGAUGAUGGAGAGGUCUGGAGGAAAGAGGCGAUGAAGGCCUUGUGCAAUGUCAUCUACAACAGCCCGAAAGCACAAGAGAGAGCCUGCAUCCUGAGGUUGCUCCAUGGCCUGUCAGAAAGACUUAAAGAUGGUAUACAUUCCUCACCACCUCCAAGUGGUCAAUUUUAUGAACUGCGACUUCUCUUUCUGUUGACUGCUUUACGGCCUGAGCUUAGAAUAGAACUCUGCCAGGAGCGCGGCGUGUCCAUGCUGACUGCUGCUCUAGAACAGUGUUUAGAAGUGCGCUGGGGAGAGAUGCAUGAGGUGCUGACUGACCUCACAGCACCCCCUGCGUCUAAGGAUGUGACUCAGCGUGCCCUUGAGAUUCUCAAGACCCUGUUCAACAUUACCUACAGUGUGCACAGACAGGAAGUAGAUGAGGAGGCUGCAAAUUUGUAUCGUCACCUAGCUGCAGUCCUGCGUCACUGUCUACUCGUGCCCUGUGAGGGAGAGGAUAGAAAAGAGGAACUACAAGGGCACACAGUGAAUGUGCUCUCAGCGCUCCCACUGCAGUGCCUAGAUGUUCUGCUAUCCGUUCGCAUAUCUGAAGCUUCGAAGGAGUCCGGUGGAGUCAACAUGGACUGCGUUCACACUCUGCUGCUCUUCAUGGAGAAGAGACUGGACAGAGGCCAAAAGCUGAAGGAAAAGUUGGCUCCAGUGUUAAACCUGUUGACCGAGAGCAGCAAAGCACACAGGGAAACUAGGCACUAUCUCAGACAGCAGAUCCUGCCUCCAUUGAGAGACGUUGGGAUGAGGCCUGAACAGGGGAACACAUUGAGGAGCAAACUAGUGCGACUCAUGACCCAUGUCGACACUGAUAUCAAACACUGUGCAGCUGAGCUUCUCUUUGUGCUCUGUAAAGAAAAUGUGAGCAGGUUUGUGAAGUACACUGGUUACGGUAAUGCAGCGGGGCUGUUGGCGGCACAGGGUCUUUUGAACGGCCGUUGCCCCUCUCCUCAACCGCAGUACUCCAGUGACUCUGACUCAGACACGGAGGAGUACAGACAGGCCAAGGACAGGAUUAACCCUGUGACGGGACGGGUGGAGGAGGAACAGCCUGAUCCUAUGGAAGGAAUGACUGAAGAAGAGAAAGAGGCAGAGGCGCUCAGACUCAUAAACAUGUUCAACAAGCUCUCACGAGGCAAAAUCAUUCAGCCAAUGGGAGUGACAACGGAUGGCAAACUGGCGCCGCUUUGUGGCCAGACGAGGCACAGCGCUGUGGAGGAGGAGGAGGACGAAGAAGAAGAGGAAGAAGAAGAUAGUGAAACAGAGCAGUAAUGAUGUCAACAUGAUCACGAUGAUGAUUAAUGACAGACAGGUGCAAGAUAAUUUAUACUAAUGACUGAUAUAGCGCUGAGACGAUAUUAAUAUCUAGAAAU